AUGCGCGUCACUUCGAUUGCUACCGGCAUCUUUUGCCUCGUCUCCCUGGUUGUCGCUCAACCUCCUCCUGACUCACCUCCCGAUGCGUGCUGCUGCUGCGACAUUAGCAGAAACGUCAUCAGCUGCAACAGGUCCAUCAUGAAGCAGGAUUGUGUUUGCGCUGCUGUGGUGUGCCCUGCGAAUGCACCAACCGUCUACGUUGAUGGACCGCCUGCUCCUACUUCGAAGCCGACGAAACCAAAGACUCCUCCUGUCAAGCAGACUCCCGCUCCUGUUGUCAAAAAGAACGACAUUGGCAACCCCGGAAACGCAUGCUGCUGCUGCGAUAUUAGCAGGAAUGUUAUCAGCUGCACUCGCUCCAUCAGCAAGGACCAGUGUUUCUGCGCAGCUGUCAUGUGUCCCAGCGAUGCGCCGACUGUUUGGGAUGAUGAGGUGAAGAUUUCGAAGAAGGACCAAGUUCGUCCCCCUCCUUCUCUCCCCGUCGAGAAGCUUCCUCCUCCUCCGAAUGGUCCUGUUGCCGGGAAGCCUACGCCCGUGGUUGUCACCGAUGCUCCUCAUGCUAUUCCUUCCACCAAGGGCAAGCCUCCUGGUUUGAAUGACCGACCUAAGAGAUUCGUUACUGUCACAAAGCCUGCUCAGACGAAGCCCAUGCCUCCUGGCUGUGUUAUGCCGCCGUCUCCCACCGGCCGUCAAGUUCCUUGCUGCUGCUGCAACCCUGGCAUCAACAAGAUUGUGUGCGAGAUGCGCGAGGAGGAAAACUGCAUCUGUGCUCUGGUUGCGUGUCCCAAGGAUGCUGAGACUACCUUUGUCAAGCGUCCUGUGUGCACCAACAUCUAA